AUGUCGGCAAAUGCUAACUAUCAACUACUUACUGAUGUUCUUAGGGGGAGCCCGUCGUCUGGGGACUCGAAACACUCGAUCAACAAAGCCGUCAAACUUUCAGCCAGUUCUAGAAAUGAAGAUGAACUUGUCUUUCUGGAAAUUAGAGAGCGAAAGAGAGAGAUAGGGGCACUAACGGCAGCAAUCAUAGCAAUAGCGAGACUGGUACUGUGUUGGACAGCCAUAGAAAUGGCCUGUAAACCAUGUCUCAAAAAAGAUCGUGAAGCCAUAGAUCGCAACCUCAACCCAUAUUACGACGCCGACGAUGACACCAUUUGUGCCCCUCUCAAUCCAAACCCACCUACUUCUGCUGAUGAUAAUGACUCUGAUGCCAUUUCUAGUGUCAUCAAAGCCGUCUGA